AUGUUGCAGGCGUCCCGGGCCUGGCGACCUGUACAAAUUGCCGCGCGAUGCUCUCUGCACACCGCGCUACGCGGACCGCCUUUGAGACUUGCAUGCAGGUUCAACGCGCAUGCAGCUGAUGCAGCCAAGGGUUCUGUGAAAGCCUCGGUGCUGAUGCUUGCAUGCGUUGGUUCUUCAUCGCGAUCUUGCCGAGGCGUGGUCCCAAAGAGCGCUCCUGACCUUGGCAGGCGAACCUCUGCUGCCUUGCUUGCUUCAAGAUUUGUUUCAGUAUCGCAGAACAUGGCCAACGCAGCCAUGGCAUUCUGGUGUGCAGUGUCCGCAUGCUUGGUGUCUUGCCAUGAAAAAAAGCAGGUGUCGGCCUGGGAUCGGCCUUUGCAGCGAGCAAGGCUGCUCAGUGAUGACUUCAAAAACUAUCAGCUGCCCUCCCUCCCCGAUCUCCUUCCGUACGGGGACUUUGUGUCGUUGGCGAGGAUCACAUUGCCGGGUAUCAAGCACAGGAACCCUGAUCUGGAUGAGGAGGUCCCGUUCGACGAGUCUGUGGAACAGGAGAGGUCCUUAGAUGGAGAGAAGAUGCUAUCAGAGGGCGAGGCUCCCUCGCCGAAGGCUGAUGAUGCAGCACUCGUCCCCUUCAAGACACCAGCAGAAGUGUUCUUGGUGGACCCAAGCUGGACAAGCAAGCUGGUUUGGGACAUCUAUGUAAUGCUUGUGGUUCUGAUGGAUGCCAUGGUGCUACCAUUUCAGCUUUCAUUCAAGAACGGCUUGAACCCAGAUGGCUUUGAUGAUUUUUGGUUUUGGCUCACAACGAUGACCUUCAGUGCCGACAUCCUCGCCAGCUUUAACACAGCAAUACCCCGCGGCGAUGAUGUUGAUGUGGAUGACGCCAAGGAGGCUCUCAUUGUGGAGAGGCGGAUCAUAGCUGUCACUUAUCUUAGGGGUUGGUUUGUGCUCGACUUCGUCAGCACAGUCCCCUGGAGCCGCAUAGUCGACAGCAUGGUGGGCCCAGGCGGCGGGCCCAUGGUAACCGUGGCAAAACUCGCCAAGGUGCUGAAGUUCAUUCGCAUUGUCCGAUUAAUGAAGAUGCUUCGUGCCAAGAAGCUCAAAGAUAUUUGGGAGCAAGUGGAGAAGCGGAUUGGUUCCGUCGCCAUCGUGCAGGGCAUGAUGCUGAUCCGCGUCUUGUUGGUCGUCGUCGGAAUUUGCCACUGGAAUGCGUGCCUGUUUUGGAUCGUGGGGGCAACCGACAGCAUUGUCACCGACUUCAUGCCAUCGUCGCUCAAAGAGCAGUUCGACAGCAUGCCACAUUGGACGACCACCUCCAGGAGCAAUGCGCCAGACCUAGAAACCUGGAAUUACGCACAGAAGCCAAUGUUUGAGCAGUAUAUUUUCUGCUUCUACUGGACACUUGGGGUGAUGCGAACAAUGCCAGCCGAAGUGACCCCAGUCAACGUGGUGGAGCGUGUGUUUGUCCUUUGCUUCAUGUUCUUUGCCUUAUCGGCCUUCGCCGUAUCGGUGGCUUCUCUUACGCAAGCCUACUUCAAGAUCAGUGAGCGAGGCCGCAGCUUCAACGAUGAGAUGUUCGCAAUCCGCAUGCACCUCCACAAGCUUCGUAUGGAGGAGACCUCGCAGCGGAAGAUCAAGGAAUACCUCUACCACAAGUUUACGCGGCGGCGGAUCAUGGCAAAGGAGGCGAAUCUUCUCAAGGAGCUCCCUGCAGCCUUGAAAGAGGAGGUGGAGUACGCAAAGGUACUCCAGCAGGUGCACCACCUUCCCUGUAUGCAGGGCUUGUCCCGAGAAACCGUCAAGCAAGUUUGCAAAGGGGCAGAGUUCCUGGACAUCUUGCCUGGCGAGCACCUAGUUAUCGCUGGGGAUGUUGCAAGCUGCGCCUGGAUUGUCUGCUCAGGGAGCAUCAAAGUUGAGGAUGUUGCAGGCCAGAAGUGCGUUGUGGAGGGAGACCCGCCUGUCAUCAAUGGGGAUUGUUUGCUCACAGAGGAACCUUUUCGAUCGCCCACGACUGUGACAACCACGAGCACCUGCGAGCUAUACAAGCUAGAGAAGACGAAGUUCUUCCAAAUUGCAGCCCACCAUCUGAAACCAAAAGAGCACAAAAUGCGACGUCAGCAGUCUGGCCCGACUGCAAUCAAUGUGGAAGAAGCUACAGACAGGGUCACGACACCCCACGCAUCUGCUGGCGCAGCUGCUGCAAUUUCAGCUGGUUGA